GCGGCGGGAAUAAAGUUUACAUUGUUGGUUUUCUGACGGUGGUGGGUUAUUCUAGAAAUCUGAAUUUUUAAUUAAUAAUGGCGGAAGGAGACUUAGCUCAAGCGUUCGCGGGGUAUUUCUACAACCUUUUUCAGCAUGAUCGUCAACAACUGGCUAAUGUAUUUACUGAAACAUCAACUAUGACAUUCGAAGGUCAAAUAUUUAAAGGGAAGGAACAAAUUAUGACGAAAUUAUUGAGUUUACCAAAAAACCUAAUUCGUGUAGUGACUACAGCCGAUUGUCAAAGUUUAGAUGCAACGUUUUCUCUUGUGUUUCUUCUUGGACAACUUCAGGUAAAUAUGACUCCCAAUAUAACUCAAGUAAUAUACUGUUUCGGUUACUAAGAAAAUAAGGAACCAAAUGUUCAUGGUGGUGGCAAGUAUAUGAAUAGAGUAUUAAUCCCUCCUAAGUUUGGGACAG